AUGGCACAAAGUGGAGACAAAAUAGUUUUAAAUAUUGGUGGAAUAAGGUACGAGACGAAUCGUUCAACGCUAACAGCCUAUCCGGAAACUUUCCUCGGUACAAUGUUUAAUGAGCGUAAUGCAGCACUACUUCACCCCACAAAAGAAGGUGAAUACUUUAUCGACCGAGACGGUACCGCCUUCAAAUACAUAAUGCAAUAUUACCGAGACGGCAAAAUCUCAUGGCGAGAUUUCUGCGAUCGCGAUUAUAACCAGCACAUACCACAAAUCACUCGCCGUGAACUCGAAAAAGAACUAGACUAUUACCAGAUCCCAAAAUCGGUGCUCAAUGUCCCGCCGAGCGUCGUAGUCUCCGAACAAGUCGAUGAAUUCAUCGCGAUACUCAAAGACGUAAUCUACGAUCUGAUCCGUCACAUGCGAAACGAAUGGACUUUGGAAUUUUACAAGAAUGUGAAUGGGAGUUCGACGACACAUAGUAUGAAGUUACAUAGCUUGAGUACAGUGAGGAGACAUGCAGAGUUUUUUGAUUUGGCGGGGUACGAGAUUUUUGAUAUGUUUGGCGAGGAGAUUCGACGGCAUCUUGAGAAGGAGAUUCCAAAUUUGUGUUGUACUAUUACCAGAGAGGAUUUUAAUCAUCUGCCGAAAUAUCGGUUUCAUAUUACUAUUGAUAAUAAGCUGAGUAGGGCGACUAUUCUGUCAGAGACGUGUCUUUCAGAGUAUUUUUGA